AUAAGUGAAGUCCGUUAGUGAGGGAAAUGAGCUCACGUUAAAUAUAACAUACGAAAAACUCAUGUCCCCCAUUAACAUUACAUACGAAAAUUCAGAUUCAAUAUAAUAUUUUGUUUAUACCGUUUCAGAGGGUUUCAGAAAAGUAUGUACAGAUACUACACCACAAUGCUUAAGAGAGACGGUGCAAGCCGCUCUACCUGACUUCAUUCAAGGGAUCCCACAACUAGGGAUUAAUUCCUUGGACCCUUUUGUUGUGAAAUCCCUUAAUCUUACUUUGCCUGGCGGAUUAAACGUCGAAUUUACAAAUGGUUACGCAAAAGGUUUGAAGAACUGUAUUAUAGAGUCAAUGACGAAGUCAGGAGAUACUUAUGAAUUAAUAUAUAAAUGCAACUUUGUCAUCAAAGGAAAAUACCAUUAUUCGGGCGACAUUCUUUAUUUCAAUCUUCAUGGAGCAGGGGACACUAUCAUCACUUCUAAAAACGUCGUAACUAAGUGGACAUUCCAAUUGGAAACUAUAAACAAGGAUGGAAAAGAGUAUUUCCAAAUGAAAAAUUUUAAUUCAUCAAUAAAUUAUGAAGGUCGAGUUCAUUACUAUAUGACGAAUCUAAUACCAGGGAAUCCCGAAAUGAGUCAAACUAUCCUGACAUACAUGAAUAAAAAUUGGCGCAGUAUAGCACAGGAAUUUGGCGGCCCGGUCUUUAAAUACGGCGUUGAAACGAUCCUUCACAACGUUUACAAACUUUUUGACUCAGUUCCAAAAGAUAAUAUAAUUCAACCUUAA